UCAGUUCGAUAUUUUACGGAACAUGGAGAGCAGCAACAGCAACAGCAGCAGCCGAGGCCAAAAAAUUUUCUUUCAAAUUUGGUCGAUAGUGUGCGUGAAGAAUUUACAAAAAACAAAGAAUUACAGGAUUUGAUCGAAAGGGAAACAUUGAAGAGUUCACAGAUUAUCCAGAAUAAAAUAGGUGAAAUUGGAGAACAAAUAUCAAAGUCAGUAAAAGUGAUAAAGGAGCAAGUGGAUAGUAUUGCUGAUGUGCGAAUGUACACUCGACCAGGUCACUUUUUUUACGUUUGUGAAGAGCAGCUAAAAAUGCGUUCAGUAGCGUACACUACGAGCGUCGAUCGUACCAUCGAAGCUAAUCCGGAUGCAACAGGUGUUGAGCUUCACAAAGAAUCAAAAUGGUAUGCGAGCUGGAAAAGUUUUUCGGAGAACAAUGCUUACUAUAAUAGUAAGGUUUUUAACUUCCUUUUCAUAUUUUGUUCUUUAAAUGAACUUGAAAUAGUACGGCUUUCUCAAUAA